AUGUCGCUGGCGACGCCGCUGACGCUACUACCGGCGGCAACCUGCCCGAAUGCCACCGUCGCGUUCGUGACCAUGCCAGAGAAGACGCCCCCGAUCACAUCCAACACGGCCACGGUCGCCGCGGAAGCCUCCGAGACCAUGCUGUUGACGGCACACACGGCGGCGCUGCGGCCGCCGUUGUGCUUGCUGCCCGAGUCGCCCGCCACCAUCGCAUCCGUGUCGCCGACGGCGGAGACGUUUCCGACCAGGUCCAUCAAGACUAUGAUUGGGCUCGAUCCCAAGUGUCCCUGGCUGACCACGCUCCGUUCUUCCGGUUUCCACGCCUCGAACGACGGUGGUACACAUGUGCUGGCCGUACCCAUCGUUUACGGCGCGUGGCUGCCCGUGAUACUAUGCACGCUGCGGUCAAGUCCAGCCUGCCAGUUCGCCCCUCACUCUCCAAGUCCAGCGUCGUUGGAGUCGCCACACGCUCAGCUCCUGUGUUUGGACUCGCUGUCCGUCGUGUACCCACCCGACGACCACGUCCCGCACAACCGCCGCAACAGCGCAUUUGUUGUCGAUAACGCACCCCCAACUCUCCUCACGGCAUUGCCGCCGGGUGUGGCUGUCAACCACGUUCAGCUGCGAGACGCCGAGAUUCCGCUACAGGACCCCGAGAUGGAGCGUCGGAGGCGGCACUGGACGACUGCCCACUAG